UCUCGAGGUGGAAGGACGAUGUCUGUUUCUCUUUUCAGACAAACACACAAAGCUUCACUCUGCUGAAUGUUCAGACGGUCACAAUAAAGAUGUUGGCUGCUCUGGUUGUCCUGGUAACAGUCCUGCAUGGCGCUGCGGCAAUGACUCACUCUCUGCAGUAUUUCUUCACUGCAUCGUCUCAAGUCCCAAACUUCCCAGAGUUUGUGGUUGUUGGUUAUGUUGAUGAGAUUGAGAUGGUUCACUAUGACAGUAACAGCAGGAAAGCAGAACCCAAACAGGACUGGAUGAUCGAAGCCACAGCAGGAGAUCAUCAGUACUGGCAGAGGAACACUGGGAACUUUAUGGGUUCCCAGCAGGUCUUCAAAGCCAACAUUGAAGUUGCAAAGCAGCGCUUCAACCAAACUGGAGGGGUCCACAUAUUACAGAGGAUGUAUGGCUGUGAAUGGGAUGAUGAGACUGGUGAGGUCAAAGGUUAUGAUCAAGAAGCUUUUGAUGGAGAAGACUUCUUAUCAUUUGACCUGAAGACGGAGACAUGGGUCGCUCCAAAACAACAGGCAUUCAUCACCAAACAGAAGUGGGAUCAUAACGAAGCUCAAGUUUCAUAUUACAAGAACUACCUCACCCAGAUUUGUCCUGAGUGGCUGAAGAAGUAUGUGAACUUCGGGAGGAGCUCUCUGCUGAGAAAAGACCUUCCCUCAGUGUCUCUCCUCCAGAAGACUCCCUCCUCUCCAGUCAGCUGCCACGCUACAGGUUUCUACCCUGACGGAGCCAUGAUGUUCUGGAGGAAAGAUGGAGAGGAGCUUCAUGAGGACGUGGAGCUCGGAGAGAUCCUCCCCAACCACGAUGGAUCCUUCCAGAUGAGUGUUGACCUGGACCUCUCAUCAGUCAAACCUGAAGACUGGACCAGGUACGAGUGUGUGUUUCAGCUCGUUGAUGUGAAGGAGCACAUCUUCACCAGACUGGAAGAAGUAAAGAUCAGGACCAACAGAGAGAAGCCCACUGACAUGACCGCCAUCAUCAUCGCUGCAGUCGUUGCUCUUGCUCUCACCCUCAUCCUCAUCGCUGUGAUUGGAUUCAUCAUUUAUAAAAAGAAGAAAGAUACAUUCCCUGAAGAAAAAAAGACGCCUCCAUCUGACACUUCAUCUAUCGGCACUUUGACAAGCCAAUCAGACUCAGACAGAGAGCGUACUACAAGUGUUUAUUCCACAGAAACUGUCAACAGCCGAUCAGCACUGAUAAAUGAAGACUAAUGGCUAAAAGGUGAAAUAUCACCUGUGUUUUUACAGACAUUAUGAGAAAUUAUUCACUUUGAAUUAUUUCGUAUUUGCUUUUUUCUCUGAGUGGUUUCACACCUUUCAAUGUUGAUACACUUUAUUGACAUAUCGUUACUUCCUACAGUUUUUAUACAGGAUUUAAGAAUGCUUAAUUAUUGUGCUGGACAGAUGUGAGUCAGUGUGAAGAGGAGGGAGAGAGAGCUCUGUGACAUAAGAUAUUGACAUAAUAUCAUAUUUCAACAUAAUCUGUAAUCUAAAGUGAAAAGAAGGGUCACCUCACCACCAAAAGUAAAAAGAUUAUCAAAUGAGCAUGUGUAUUGUGUUGUGAAGUAGAAGAUGUUCAUCUAUUGGGGAAAAAUAUGUUUUUU